AUGGAGGACCCGCUUGCAAGGGCCACCUUAUUCGGUAUAGUAAAUGCGCCUCUAGGCGUUACAGCACCGCCGGACGUCGUAGAUGCAUUUUUAUUGCUACGCCAUAAAAUAAGCGGCGUAGAGGGUUGCCAAGGGCAGCAGCUGGAGCUGCUUUAUGAAAGGUUUUGUGCCUGUCGCGAUGGAAAGAAAGACAUCGCAUCUCAGGAGGCAGAGGAACAGGCUACUAGGGAGGCAGAAUCACAUGGCGAAGGAAAAUCAGAAAACACUUUUGCCGCUGACUCCCUUUCAGAUGCGGUGGCAUCGGCCAAAGCAGACAUGCGUGCGUUUAGUGUCGAAGCGCUGCAGAAGCAAAUAUAUCAGCUGUCUUCAAAGGAACAGGAGAAGAGCCAGGAGUGUUCCGGGGCCCUCGGAAAACUUCUUAUGGAGUGCUGUGACUCUCAUCACUCAUUUGAGAAAUCCGAAAGCUGGCUGAAUCGAGCUCCCUGUACGCUGUUGCAGGAAGAACAGGAUGCUGUCAGCGCAGCAGAAGAGGCCCUCUUUGCUGCUCUGAGUCACUCGUUUGACAUUUUCCCCUCGGUAUUGUCUGAAGCGCUGGAGAUGACAGGGGUUGUUGGCACAGACGCUAAUACCACAACUGUUGCAGCAGUUAUUGCUACUGCUGCAGAGGAAAAGGGACGUCAGGGGCAGCGAAGCUCCAGACGUCAAGCUAACAAGGGCCGACACGACAGCAAAGCUGCUGAUGAUCCUAACGGGAGUUCCCCAACGGCAGCAGCGGCUGUUGCUGCCGCAGCAGCUGCCAUUACUGCAAGUGGUAUCGCAUCUGAGGAAGAAGGUGUGCGAACGCGGCAGCGUGUUGCGGAGCAAUUACUGCAGUGGCUAGUAAGCGAGGCCGUCGCAGCAGCAGAACCCCAGUUGAUGUUGCAGGCCGCAGAGAAGACGACGGCGUGGGGAGGGAUUCAUGCUGAAGCGGCGCGACACCGAUGGCGGAGGCAGCCGGCGUGUGAGGCCCUUGAACUGCAGCUUCAACGAACGCCUCUACCAUCACGUUUAGAUCAUCGCGUGCUUCGAAUGGCCGAAUACUUAUCUAAGAGACAAGCUCCAACCGUCAAAUCCUGUACGCGGGCAGUUGUGAUCUUCGACGGGAAGACUACAGAUGGACUGCUGUCGUUGCUACAGGGCCAACCGGGUGCUGAAAAGCAUAUGUGGAUGCAGCAGCUACUGCAGAGUCGCCUAGGCUACCUGGGGGAUCUGUUGCCACAGGCAAGCGAAGGUGUACUGUUGUGCCUUGAGAUACCUCGGCACCAGCAGCAGAAGCUGCAGGCACAACACCCGAUGCUUGCACAACAGCUGAUGCAGAAACUAGUUGAAGAAUAUAUGCUUCCAGCGGUACUUGGGGAUGACCCGCAGCAGUACCAAGUUCCUGUCGCAUGCCUUGAAACCGCAGAAGACAUUGCCAUUUUUGUGGAGGGGGUAGCAGCGAAAAAGGGAAUAGGCUUGGCCAACGAUCACAUGGUGUCCGGCGAGAGAGCGAGUCAAGAUGAGGAUACAGCCGAAGAUUCGGAAGACGUCCCUUGUCUUUUGGUGCUUCCAUCGUGGCAACAAUUUUUCCUUGCAGCCACCGAUAAGCUAGAGGACAUCCAACGUGAGUCGAUGCUUGAGACUUCGCAGACAGCUUUAACGGGCACCCAAAAGGAAGAUGGCGAAGAUGCAGGAGCGCCGACCUCAGCAGAGAAUGAUAACUAUCUCUCAGUGCGAAGACACCUCUCCAAGCUGUGUGAAGUGCUGGAUAUUGAUUUUGUGGCGCUAGACUCCCCAUGUUACCUUCGUAGAACAGCAGAGGAUUCAAUAAGCGCCAUCAGCGAAGUUGUUCUAAAGGAACCGCAAAUGGUUGCUGCUGCAGCAGCAGCAGCAACAGCAAGCAGCCCUUGGUUACUGCAAGGGCAAGCAACCAGGGCAGUGGGGCCUUAUGUUGUGGCAUAUUUACAAGCAGCUUGUUUCCUGCUGGGAAUCGACCCCAUUGCUUUAAGUCAGCGUGCAGCAGAAGCUGUUGUAGACUGGAGAGAAGAACGACACAGGAGACAGUCGCUAGAUGCUGCAGCGGCUUCAGCGAAGCGACAAAUGCAACGGAGUUUGGACAGUCUGAGCACAAACAGCAGAAGCUGCUGUUGCUCUACUUCAUCUAUAUCUCCAAAUAGAGGCUAUUCCGCACUAACGGCAGAAAGUGUUGAUUGUGAAGGACCCGUCGGUGCUCCUAUUUUAGAUGCAACGGAGCAGCAAACCACUCACACAGUCGCUGCUGUGCUUUGCGCUUACUGGGACAGAAUCGUUCCCACUGGGCAGGUAAUUACUGCAGUUGAAGAGGCCACUGCAGAGGAGCCGUUGUUCAAGUGGGCUUCCUUGCAGCUACAGAAGUUGCGAAUGCUUGUGUCAGGAACAAUCGUGUCCAGCGUACUCCUAGCAGGAGACUUGAUUAGUCUUAUUUGCGGUUUGGCCCUAAACGGAGAAAUGGCGCUGGAAAUAGAUGUCCAAGAAACUCCACGUCGUGAGGACACCUUGCUGGAUCCACAGCAGGAAGCAGAUGCAGCAGCGGCAGCAGCGGCAGCAGCGGCAGGAGCGGCAGGAGCGGGAGAUGCUGCAUCUACUGAACCAUGCAUACUGAGGGGGUGGCUCAGACUUUGCAGAACGCCUGCUGUACAAAGCACCAAAACCAACACAAGCGGCGUGACUGGCAAAUGCUGCAGCAUACAUCCUCGGGUUUACAACCUGCGGCAGUUGCGCAAAUUCGUGCAGACGCAGCUGCGUGUCAUCUUGGAAAUAGCAAGGGAGAGAGAAGUUGUUGUCCAGCUCCCCACUGAGGUACUUAUCCAAGCAGACCCUCAGGUCGCUGCUCUUGCCGCAGGAGUAACAGGUACUCCAGCUGAGGCUGCCCCACGUGGGCGCAGAACCAGUGACGCCGUCGGGGGCACUCAACGAAACGGUUCGAAGAAGCCUCGGGGCUCUACUAAGGUUGAGCCCGCCGAAGGGCACAUAGAGGAUUCAGCAGGGGAUGCGGCGGGACCGCCAGCAGCUGAAGAAGAAAAACGACCUCCUGUGCUAGCGGUGUGCCACCUGCCUCCCGCGGAACUUCUUUGGAAAGUCGUCUUCGCGGUUAGCAAUGAUUUACCUGCUUCUUCUGAAGAGGAGAUGAUUAGUAACACGACAACAAGGCGGCGCUCAGCAGAGGGAAUAGAACCUUCAAGAGUUUGCGGAGCAUACGCCACUAUGACGCAGCAGGCAAUUGAAAACGCCGUAGCUUCGUUUGAAGGGCCUACUCAUGUUUUAUGGGUGGGAGGAAAACUAAGCAGGGAAACAGAGGGGACGGAUAACUUGCUGAACGCCGCUGGAAUCCCGGAUGCCACAGUAGCCAUGGUGGAAAGUCUUGUGAAGGCCAAAAAUAUGCUGGAGACCAGCUUUUCGAACCCAGAUGAUGACUUUGGGUAUCGGGCGCCAAGCGCAGAUUCUGUGCUCCUUGAGUCGUCGGCAUCUCUCGAUGCAUCUUCAAGCCAAAUUAGCACGAUGAGCAACAGCGAGGGGAGGAGGGCAAGUCUCCGCAACGGUCAGGAAAAGUUGGGGACAGAGCAUCUUCUGCUUUUCGGCUCUAUUGCGAAGAACACCUGGGCCUUCGCUAAUAAGGGGAUUGCAACAGUUGAAGCAUUUCUGGAUGUGGAACCUUUGCUUCAAAUGCUUCAAGGUAGAAGAGUAAAGGAUAUACUCUUGGCCGAUGACAUGUUCCUGGGGCAAGGAAAAGCAAAUGGUUGCACGCCUGCCAAAACAAAAGUACAGACCGUCUAUAACUUUCAUUUGAAUCCGCCCGGCUCAAACUGA